CACUAACCGGUACGACCAUUGAACACACUUAUCUUAGGUCAUAUUCCAAGUUGUGCGGGUUUGACUCAGAACAGCAUAUAAAUACAACAAAUCUCCGCUUCCGACGCGGUAACAACAGCGAACAUGGCGGAAGCGGUCAAGGACACUGUGAACCAGGUUGUUGAGGGCGUUAAGGACCUCGCGGUCUCUGGCGAGAAAAAGGUCGAAGAGAAGGCCCCCAAAGCUGCAAAGCCUAAGAAAGAGAAGAAGAAGGGCAGUGACGAUGGUGGCCGACCUUUAAUGCUUGACCCCGUGCCUGCAUACAUUGACCACCGAGUCAAGAUCUUCGAGAAGCUUAAGGCCAAGUACGACGAAGAAGUUGCGCAAAAGCCCCGCGAGAAGAUCACAAUCACACUUGGCGACGGCAAGCUCAUCGAGGGUGAAUCAUGGGUCACCAGCCCUGCGGACAUUGCGCGCGGCAUCAGCAAGAGCUUGUUCGAGCGCACCGUUAUCGCCCGUCUCGACCACGGCACACCCGAGGAGACAUUGUGGGAUCUUGAGCGACCUCUCGAGAAGAGCUGCAAGCUGGAGCUUUUAGACUUCGAUCACCCAGAGGGCAAGCGCGUCUUCUGGCACUCGAGCGCUCAUAUUCUGGGAGAGGCCUCUGAGCGCAGAUUCGGCUGUGACCUGUGCAUUGGUCCUCCUAUUGAGGAUGGAUUCUAUUACGAGAUGGCCCUGCCCGACAAGGCUGCUGUCGAGCACUCCGACCACAAGCCCCUCGAGACUAUCGUCAACAGCAUUGUCAAGGAGAAGCAGGUCUUCGAGCGAUUGACAUUGUCCAAGGAUGACUUGUUGGAGAUGUUCAAGUCGAACCCCUACAAGCAGCACAUCAUCAAGGACAAGAUUCCUGAUGGCACCUCCACCACCGUAUACCGCAACGGUCCCCUUAUCGAUCUUUGCCGUGGACCCCAUGUACCUCACACUGGAAGGAUAAAGCAGUUCAAGGUCAUGAAGAACUCGGCCUCGUACUUCCUCGGAGACGCAAACAACGACAGUCUGCAGCGCAUUUACGGUGUCUCAUUCCCUGACAAGGACAGGAUGGCAGAGCACCUGAAAUUCCUGGAGGAGGCUGCGAAGCGUGACCACCGCAAGAUCGGAAAGGAACAAGAACUGUUCUUUUUCCACGAGUACAGCCCUGGCUCAUGCUUCUUCUUGCCCCACGGACAGAUCAUCUACAAUACACUGCAAGCUUUCCUUCGUGAGGAGUACUGGAACCGUGGAUACCAGGAGGUUGGGUCACCGAACAUGUACAACUCGGCGCUGUGGAAAAUCUCCGGUCACUGGCAGCAUUACCACGAGGACAUGUUCACAUUCGAUGUUGAGAAGGAGAAGUGGGCUCUGAAGCCUAUGAACUGCCCUGGUCACUGCCUGAUCUUCAAGCACCGCGAGCGAAGUUACCGUGAGCUGCCAAUCCGCAUGGCUGACUUCGGUAUUUUGCACCGAAACGAGGCCAGCGGCGCUCUUACUGGCCUUACCCGUGUUCGCCGCUUCCAGCAGGACGACACUCACAUCUUCUGUACCGAGGAUCAGAUCAACGAGGAAGUCUUGGGUCUGUUUGACUUCCUCCGCGCAGUGUACGGAAAGUUCGGUUUCACAUUCAAGUUGAAGCUCAGCACACGUCCAGAAGGUUUCCUUGGCGAGAUUGAGACCUGGAACAAGGCCGAGGCGAAGCUGACGGAUGCUCUGAAUAAGUUUACCGCCGAAGGUGGUGGUGCUUGGGAGCUGAAUCCUGGUGAUGGUGCGUUCUACGGUCCUAAGAUCGAUAUCACCAUCUCCGAUGCCCUGAAGCGUGAAUAUCAGUGCGCUACAAUCCAACUCGACUUCCAGCUUCCCAACCAGUUCGAGCUCGAGUACAUGACCUCUGAGGUCGCAGCCGCGAAGCCUAAGGAGGAGAAGGUCAAGGCAUCAGAGGCACCUAAGGAGGAGGCGCCCAAGGAGGCUCUUGCACAGGAGCAGCCAGAGACACCUGGAGACCUUGCCUCGAUUGCGAAGAAGAUUAAGCCUCCUCAGCCUGGUUACGCUCGCCCCGUGAUGGUUCACCGUGCCAUCUACGGGUCUUUCGAGCGCUUCAUUGCCAUUCUCACUGAGCACUUCGCCGGCCGAUGGCCAUUCUGGCUGUCUCCUCGUCAGGUCAUGGUCAUUCCUGUCAUGCCUGGUGCUAACGACUACGUGAAGGAGGUCCAGGCCGCGCUUCGCAAGCAGCACAUCCAUGCCGACAUCGACAUCAGUGGAAACACCAUGCAGAAGAAGAUUCGCACAGCACAAUUGGCUCUCUACAACUUCAUCAUGGUUGUCGGUGCUGAGGAGCAGCAGAACCGCGCCGUCAACUGGAGGAACCGUGAUGACCAGGCGUCUCAGCAGCGUGGUGAGAUCAUUCCUCUCGACGAGGCGGUUGAGAAGCUCGUGAAGUUGAGGGAUGAGCGAAGGAUAGAGAAUAAGGUUUGA